AUGUCACGGUACUGUUCACCGGUGACAUGCCCACAGCAUGUCACUGGAUCUCAGUCCAUCCUAGGCGUGGCCAAGCUCGGCGACCAGUCGUGGACGCUGCUCAAGUUCAGGGACCCGAUGAGGACGGCGCCGCUCAUGUUCGCAGGGCACUUCUACUGCGUUACCGUAGACGGUGUCAUGGUGCUAGCAGAGACGAGUCCACCACGGCUGGAGCUUGCUGCAGGGCGACAUAUGGAGGUUUCCUUGGAAAUGGAUAGCACGCACCUCGUGGACAAUGGCGGGCUGCUGAUGCUGGUUCACCGCAAGUUCUUGCAGCUCGGGAGGAGCUAUGACUUGUAUCGGGUGGAUUUGGACACCAAGGCUCUGCUCCCCGUCAACAGCCUUGGCGGGGGACGCGCAGUGUUCAUGGGCAUGUAUUGCUCUAUCUCGGUGCCUGUUGAGGUGUUCCCCUCCGGCUCCAUUAGCAGUGACACCAUCUAUUUGAGCUUCGACGUCGAUGAGAGGGCAGCUACCGAGGCUUACCAUCUCGUGGAUAGAAGCAUCACUCCUGCUGCCAGCUACAACCUCGAUGGCCUGGUACUGCAGCCACAUACUCUUGUAGACUGCCUUGCCUUGUGCAUUACUGGCAACAUCGUUGGAUUUGAAGAAGAUUAGCAUAAGUACUUCGAAUUUAUGUUUUGGUCUCCAUUCAGAUAACAUUUGUACUUCCCCGCUG